GUAUUUCUAUGGUUUGCCAAACUGAAGUCGUUGAACAUCGAAUUCACUUCAUAUUCCAACUGGAACAUUUAUUUAAGUUUUGCUUCAGAAGUGUCCGACUUCGAGUUCAUUUCACGACGGUCAGUUUCUUACCCACAGUACAACUGGUCGAAACGGAGCAAAACUUUCAGACAAACACCAUCAUGCACCAUGUAAGCUUUCGUACAGCAAGUAGAAGCAAAUAAAAAUCAAAACAAAACCUGAUAAUUGGACGGCGUCGUCAACAAGUUGCCGAAUUGGGAAGAUUUGUUUGAAAUGAUUAAAAGUACAGAAUUAUGUUAUAAUUCGAAAGGUUUUUCAAUUUGAAAGAGUGACAUUACCUUGAGAAAUACCACAAUGUCCAUCCAUUUAAUGUGCCUCACAUCCGAUGGUGGGGUCCCGAUCUAUUCUAAAAAGAAAGGCGAUUGCGAGAAUCUUCCCUUCUCGACGAUCGCAUCCCUGAACGGGGUGCAUAUGUUCUGCAAGUCCCAAAGCGUGGACCUGUCGAUCACACAUCUCGAGGAGGGAAUGAUCAUAUGGAAGGAGUACGAUGGAACCCUCAUGAUGAUCGGCAUAGCCAAGGGAAUCACCGAGAAAGUUCUGCGCAAUCUGAUGAACUUUUCGUACUACUCGAUGGUGUUCUGCGUGGGGAUCGCCGCCAUCAAGAAGAUCAAAAAUAUCGAUCGCUUCAAACGGGAGUUGAAGAAUUGCUACACUCUGAUCGAUCAGCUGCUGGAGGUGGUUGAGAGUGAUUUCUUCCGAUACAACGAAGCUGUGCUGUGUCCGGAGAGUAUGGCAAUGUUGGUCAAGUUGAACGAGUUCAGCAUCCAGAUCGGAUCUCCAUUCUGUUCGAUUUUGGUCCGACAAAAGGUCGCAUGUGGGACCGAGGGAUGGUGGGACUUGGAUAUUGUAGAUCGGAAGCUAUUGAUGGUUUUGUUGAACGCUUCCAGUACUAUUCAACAGGACGUUCCGGUGUUUCUUCCGAAGAAGAGUCCAGGCAUAGCGUAUCGGUUUAUUAGCAUUCCGAUCACGCAAGGUGUUAGCAUUUGUGCGCUUUGCGGAGCGGAGCCUCCGUACGAUAAGCUGCAAACCAUGAGCCAGCAAUUUUGGAUGAACGAAAUCGAUCUGCUCAUUACGGCGGAACAGAACUAUCCGAAGAAUUAUCCGGCGACCGUCGAGCUGGACUCGAGCAUUUUAGGGUUUUUGCUGGUGAGCAAAGAGCAGUCGAAGUACGUAAUUUCGAGGAAUGUACAUCUAACAACCACUGGCAAAAGAACGCUGUCGGGGAACCAUCGGUUGGAUAUUCUGCGGACGUUCUUCCACCAAUCCGUGGAAGCGAUGGAGGAUAUGUUCCGAGAUGGCGACAAGGUGAUGAAUCUGGAACAGUACUGGUGUUCGGACUAUCACAAGUGCCACGCUCUGGUGGAAGGGCAAAACAUCCUUUGCGUGUUGUACACUUCGGCGAUUCCUACUCAUAUCAUGAGGUUGAUAACACAAAAAACACUGAACACGCUAAUAUCGGAUAAGGAUGUAUGCUGGUAGCCGUGUAUACUGUAAACUGAUACGACACUCAACAUCUACUGUUUGAGCUUCGUUGCUUAGGUUAAUUUACGAUUCCGUGUAUUGGAAUGACUUUCGAGUGAUUAAAUUUUCUACAAAACAGAACUACCUAGGUAAUUUGAAUAGUUUCUUACUUUUUUGUUUUAAACCUAUAUCACACGUCCAUAACUGAAAACGAUGAUUCAAGAGUGGAUAUACUUCCAACUGAAGGGAAUAGGUCGGUAGGUGGAAAGAACAGCGAUGCUUUAUUGUCUUCGCGUU